UGCCCUAACUUUCCGGCAACGCUGGCUAGGUUCGUGAAAAGAAAAGACGCCGAAUCAGAUUGUUUUCUCUGCUCUUAUUUCUAAACCAUAGUAAAGUCGUGUGUGUGCAGUGUUUACAAAAUAUCAAUUAAUUAACCAUCAGUCGUGGUGCAAUUGUUGAAAUGGCGCAAAGUGCUCGCGAGGCGUCGCUGGGCGUCAAGAAGGUCUGCCGCUUCUGCCUGUCAGAGCAGAAGCUGACCUCGAUUUUCGUGGAAAACACGCGCAUCAAAACAAGCGCCAACCUGCCCCUGCAGAUAAUGGCCAUAACGGCGAUCGAGGUCUGCGAUGGCGACGGAAUGCCUCAAUACAUCUGUCUGGACUGCCGGCUCCUCUUCGAGCACUGCUACCGCUUCAAGCAGAUGUGCAAGCGGGCUGAGACGCUCAUCCGCCAAUAUCCCUUGACAGGAAACUGGCCUGCACCGCUGGAGAAACCCCGGGCUCCCAUGAUAGCCAAUCAGGCAGCUGCUCCACCCAAGAAGGUCACCACGUUGCCAGUUAAUUCGCCCGAAGGCAAGCCCAAGAAACUGCUCAACACCAUGGCGAAAUCGAACAAGGCCAUCAUUGAGAAUGUCCAGGUGCUGGAGACAAGUUUGCUAAACAAGAAUGCCGCUUCAACGGGACGCAAAGCCCAGGCCUAUGAGCUGAAGGUGGAGAACAACCAGGACUUGACAAUGGACGAUGUGCACAGUAUGCUGGAGGACAUGGCCAAUGAGCUAAAUGAUGACAUAGAGAAGACACAGGCGAAGAACUCACCCAGCAAGCCCAAGGUGUUGAACAAGUCUUCGAUUCGUAUCCUGAACAAGGGACCCUCUGCUCCCAUUGAGCCUCGCAUCGCCACGCCCCAGGUUCAGAGGGACGAGAGUGGCAAUGUGGCCAUUGUGACAGAGAUUCUGGAGCCCGGCAAGAUUAUUUCGCCCGACGAUUUGAUCAAAAACGCUGAAAAGGUGGCAACGAACGUGUUUCCGUGUCCCGAUUGCGACCGAUCCUUUCCGCUGCAGCAGUUGCUCGACAUUCAUAUGGUGAACCAUAAGCGGGAGCGCAGCUUUCAGUGCUCGGAUUGCGAGCGCAGCUUCUUCAGCAAGUACGAUCUGCAGAAGCACGUCUUCGUCCACACCGGCGAGCGGCCUUUCCAGUGUACCGUCUGUUCCAAGGCCUUCACUCGAAAGGCCCUGCUUCAUCGGCACGAACGUACGCACACGGAUAUUCCCAAGUUCAUAUGCGUCUUCUGCGAGAAGCCGUUCAUUUCGCGCCAGGAGAUGGAGACACACGCUGAGCGUCAUACCAAGAAGCGGCCCUUCCAUUGUGGCGUCUGCAGCAAGUCGUUUGCCUUCAAGCAGGGGUUGGAGCGACAUGAGGUCAUCCACCAGACCAAUCUGCCCUUCCCCUGCCAGCACUGUAACCGCUCGUUCCCCACUUCUAGCAAGUUGGCUCGUCACCUGGUUGCCCAUGCCGGCAAGAGGGCUUAUCCAUGCAAAUACUGUUCUAAAUCUUACAUUCUGUCGCAUCAUCUGUCUCGGCAUCUGCGCAUGCACAAGCAGAGCGCCUCGGAAGCCUCGUUUGUGUGCAGCGAGUGCAAGGAAACUUAUACCAGCUAUGACCUGCUGCUGGAGCACUCGCUGACCCACGCCCUGGAGACUUUGAAGUGUCCGCUGUGCCGCGAGAAUAUCGACUAUGCCGACGAGGUCGAGGCUCACAUGAUGCAGCACAAGAAUGAGCGGUUUGCCUGCGAGUUCUGCGAUCACAUCUUCUUGAGCGAGGCGCGUCUGCGGAUGCACAUUGAGGAUGACCAUGUGGUGGACAUGAUGCCCUAUCAGAACGAAGGAGCUGAGGGAAUUGAAGCCGAAAGCGCCGAGGGAAUCGAGGUGGAAGAUCUGGAGGAACAAUACGAAGAGGUUGAGAUAAAGCCAGAGGAGGAGUUCAUAACGGAAUACUUGGAAGACGAUACUCUGGAUGAUGAUCAUUUGGACGAUAGCGAUGGUUCCUAUGCACCGCCGCCGCCAUCAAAGCAGCGCAAAGUAGGAAAAGAAUCUUCAGAAGUAAAGCGACAGACUCGCAGUCAGGAUAAGCAGGGGACUAAUUCGAAGACAUCACCAAAGGCGCUGAAUGUCAAGAAAGACACAAAGUCACCGCCCACGAAGGCAGGACGCUUUCUGACCAUUGCUGGCAAGAUUACGAACAAAAAGUCACCUAAAUGAGCUUAGUUGAGAUUAUUAUAACCAUGUUUUAUCAUACAUAUUAAAUAAGCUAUGUAUCCGAAA